AUGCCUCCCAUAAAACCCUACUCAACAAAAUCCUUAACCUUGAAAGAUUUAAUAUCGCUCUACUCUGAUCAUUUGACCGAGUCCGACAUAUGCCUCCUCAACAAUCCUCCAUAUGUAUUAACGAUCCCACUCGAUACACUUCUCCCAAACAGUAAACACCGAGCGACCUAUAUUCCCCCACGCCCUCAAAACCCAUGGAUCUUAUUUAGAAAAGAUUUCGAGGCGAGAUACCGAAAGCACGCUCCAACCAUUUCUGCGAGAAACAUAUCCUCGCUCGCUAGCGAAACGUGGCGAAAUGGCGAGAGAGACCUUGUAAGAUUCUUCCGAAUACUGGCGAAAAUAACCGCUGUUAGACAUCAAAUGAUAUACCCAGAGUACAAAUUCACACCCAAAAAGCCGGGAAAAGAGAAAACAUGGAUUUUCAAACAAGACGCAAGAAGCAUCAAAUUUGAGAAUACCAGGAAAAAGGAAUCUGUGAUUGAUAGUGUAAAAGGGGACAAAGCAAGUGAACGCUUGAGAAUGAAUAAAGAGGAAAAGGUUGGUAUGGAAGAAAGAACAAUAAUAGAGUCACAUAAAGUAAACCUACCAGUAGAGAAUAAAUACAAUCACGAGAGCCACGAAGCGAAAGAAAGCAAUGCGGAAGCAGCAUUUCUCGCUCACUCGUCUUUCCCUACAACGCAGUCAGACUUUCUUCUUCCUACGCCAGUUUUAGAUCCAUCAUUCUAUCCGUGCUCGUCUUACUCCCCCGUUACACCAUUUAGCCAGCAAGGCUCGUUCGGUGAUGGCAAUUUAAUAUCCCUUCUGAGCCCAGAUCUCAGCGAAAUAUGUAAUAGUGAUCUAAUGAAAAACGGUUUUCCAAUUGAUGAUAGUAAUGAGGAGGGGGUGUGGAAUUGUGCUGGGUGUGAUGAUAUUGUGCAGUAUCCGCUAUCUUCAAUGCCGUUGUCGUCAUCGUUGUAUCCACCACAGAUGGAACACUUUGAUUUCUCAUUGUAUCAUCAGCCGCCGGAAGUGGCUUGCGUAAUCGAUUCGUCAUUGUCAUAUCCGUAUUCGCCCGCUCAUUUGUCUGCUCCUCCACCAGGGAUUCGGUUGGAUCUAUGCCAAUUGCAACAGCAACGGUUCGAAAAGCAGGUGGACCUUCAUUUGGAUUGUUUCAAACAGCAGUAG